AGCGGAACCUAAACCCCAAAGCAGCUUGCCUUAAGAGACGGGAGGAGGAGAAAGUGUCGGGGAGCUCCAGUGACGCUCCGCAGGGCCACACAGGAGUCCAUCCGGGCCUGACCGACACCUCCAACCCAAUGGGUCACCUCUGAGCAGGAGACAGGUCGGUGCGCCGCGGUUCAUGUCGGGCCCGUUGGACUCGGUCACCUUGCUUCCUGGUGACAGACAGGACUCACGGUUUGUGACCCCGAUGGGAGGAGACCGACAACUUGAAGCAAAACCACACAAUCCAGUCCUCCCAUUCAAAAAGCGAGCCGAGCGUCCAGCUCGGCGUUCCCGUCUGCAGAUUUCUCCCCACAAGAAAAACACCCACCUCAGCACAUAUCACUGUCUGCAAGAAGCGUGUUGCUUCUGAACAAUCAGAGACUUCGCAAUCUCCUCCAGCCCGCCGUGGAAGUUGCUUUGUGCCUAAACUGAAUUGACGAACGCAUUGUAACAGCAAUCCUUUUCUCUGUUUGUCCGUUUUUUUGUUUUGCUAUUUAUUAUGUUAUUGAAGUAUAAAAUGUAUUUCUAAAGGGAAAGCUAGGUAAGUUCACAGAGACGUGAGCAGCGUCUUCAGUUCAUCUAUAGUUUGCCAGCGUCACCGUUAACACCGAGCACUCCACCCCGCAGAGUCCGGGGAAUCAUUGGGGCACUGAGACGAUUGAGAUUAAUUUAUUGGCCAGUUUAGAGGUGCAGUUAAACUCAACACAACAUACUGUUUGCUGUUAGACACAAACUUUGUUUAAAAAAGAGAAUUUAUUAUUUAUAUAUAUUAGUUCUUGUGUAGCCCAAACUACCUGAUAUUUGUUUCUGUGGUGCUGAGCUCCGGUCCUGGAUUAGCAUCAACCAUAAUGUCUAAAAGGUGACAGAUGAGUGGCAAACUGUAGUUUGACUGACGGCUCGUGACGUUGAACGUACGGAGAACGACGCGUCCCCUACAACUUUUUAGUGUCUUCUCUAAAAGAGGGGACUUCACGGCCUGGUUGUUGCUCUGCCAUAAAGUGUUUCAUAUCCACGUUUUUGUCACAUUCUUGUUCCUGAUGGAACAUGGAUUUAUUUUAUGUUUUGUUUUUCUUGGCUCCAGUUAAUCAAGUAUUGCUUAGUAACGGUAGCUCAGAGGGCUGCGACUGCUGCAGGCUAGCUGGCAACAUCUGCGAGGGAAUCUCCAAAAUGGCUGGAAACUCUCGGGGUUUCUCAGUUUUCUUGCUUGAGACGACUUUUGAACAUGUUCCAUAAACGUGUGUGACCGGUAGUCUCUCAGAACAGUCACAGAGUCGGCUCAAAGACGUCUUAAACUCAUCUUGGACCUGUUUCUAUUUUGUCCCAGAUGUCCAUAACUCGUCUUGAGAGCACCACAGCUGAAUUUUGACACCCGCAGAGGAUAAAAAACACGUUUAUGUCUAAAAACCACGCCCAGGAUCAAUAAUAGUUAU